AUGUCUUUCAACGCCAACGGCACAGCGCAUCGGCGCAGUAAUCCUUUUGCCAGAACCCCGUCCGCCUCUCCGGCUACCAACACCAAUCUUCGACCCAAGUCCGCCAUCUUCUCCUCCCCCUCAUCGACUCCCGGACUCGCUUCAUCACUCGGACACAACCGAACACAAUCAAAUGGAUCAGUCUCAGCAAUAAGUCGAGAGUUCUCCGGCGCAGCGACGAGGCAUCGUAGUGAUUCGAAGAGUGGGACGCCAACUUCAACGACGUUCGCUCCAUCGUUCAUUAAAACCGAGGAAAUGAAGCGUAGCCAGGACACAGUUAAAGGCAUCGAAGGCGAGAACGACUUUUCUGGAAAGCGUUAUGUCUGGGUUAAGGACCCCCAGGCAGCUUUUGUUCGAGGGUGGAUCGUUGAAGAGUUGGACGGAAACCGACUGCUUGUCCAAUGUGAUGAUGGCACACAAAGAGAAGUCGACGCCGAGACCGUUGAUAAAGUAAAUCCUGCCAAGUUCGACAAGGCAAACGAUAUGGCCGAGUUGACACACUUGAACGAGGCAUCUGUUGUCCACAACCUUCAUAUGCGAUACCAGACGGACUUGAUUUACACAUAUUCGGGUCUAUUCCUUGUCACGGUCAACCCAUACGCGCCCAUUCCGAUCUAUACCAACGAUUAUAUCAACAUGUAUCGAGGGCGUAGUAGGGAAGAUACUAAACCCCACAUCUUUGCCAUGGCAGACGAGGCUUUUCGGAACCUUGUCGAAGAAGGGAAAAACCAGAGCAUCUUAGUUACUGGUGAGUCUGGUGCAGGAAAGACUGAGAACACGAAAAAGGUCAUACAAUACCUUGCAGCUGUUGCUCAGACGGAUUCAACAACCAAGAAUAAAGUUCAACACUCCAGCCUCUCUCAACAAAUUCUACGGGCGAAUCCCAUUUUGGAAGCUUUCGGAAACGCCCAAACCGUUCGCAACAACAAUUCCUCGCGAUUCGGAAAAUUCAUACGCAUUGAAUUCACUCGAAACGGAGCUAUUUGCGGUGCUUAUAUUGAUUGGUACCUGCUCGAGAAGUCCAGGGUUGUGCAUAUUAACCAACACGAACGAAACUAUCACAUAUUCUAUCAACUUCUGAAAGGAGCCAGUUCUUCAUUGAAGAGGGAAUUCUUGAUUGAUGGCCUGACGGUUCAGGAUUUUGUUUAUACUCGGGAUGGUCACGAUACCAUUGUGGGCGUCUCUGAUCUUGAUGAAUGGGCGUCUCUCAUGGAAGCUUUCAAUGUGAUGGGCUUUUCCGAUGAUGAACAAAAGUCCAUUCUGCGAACUGUGGCUGCCGUGUUACAUCUGGGAAACAUCGACGUCGUCAAAGAAAGUCGAGCUGCAGAUCAAGCACGACUUGCUCCAGAUGCGAAGGAACAGGCCGCCAAGGUAUGCAAACUUCUUGGUGUUCCCUUGGAACCCUUUUUGAGAGGCCUGUUACACCCCAAGGUCAAAGCGGGCCGCGAAUGGGUUGAGAAGGUUCAAACGCCGGAGCAGGUUCGUCUUAGCUUGGACGCCCUCUCGAAAGGUAUAUACGAACGCGGUUUCGGCGAUCUUGUUAACCGUAUCAAUGGGCAACUUGAUCGCACUGGCAUGGGUCUGGACGAUUCGCACUUUAUCGGAGUACUCGAUAUCGCUGGUUUUGAGAUUUUCGAACAGAACAGCUUCGAGCAGCUGUGCAUCAAUUAUACCAACGAAAAGCUACAACAAUUCUUUAACCAUCACAUGUUCGUGCUCGAGCAAGAAGAGUAUGCGCGUGAGCAAAUCGAAUGGAAGUUCAUCGACUUUGGACGUGAUCUACAGCCGACAAUCGACUUGAUCGAAUUGUCGAAUCCUAUCGGUGUUUUCUCGUGUCUAGACGAGGACUGUGUUAUGCCCAAAGCUACAGAUAAGUCGUUCACAGAAAAGCUCAACUCUCUAUGGGACAAGAAGUCAACGAAAUACCGACCCUCGCGCCUCGGACAAGGUUUUAUUCUCACUCACUACGCUGCUGAAGUAGAGUAUUCUACUGAAGGAUGGUUGGAGAAAAACAAGGACCCCCUCAACGAUAACAUCACACGCCUCCUCGCCGCUUCCACCAACCCACACGUCGCUUCACUCUUCUCUGAUUGCGCCGAAUCUGAGGAAGACCAUGCUACUGGAAGGAGCAGAGUCAAGAGAGGACUAUUUCGCACCGUUGCUCAAAAACACAAGGAGCAUCUGCAUAGCCUAAUGUCACAACUUCACUCCACACACCCUCACUUUGUACGAUGUAUUCUUCCCAAUCACAAAAAGAAGCCAAAGCAAUUCAACAACCUUCUGGUUCUUGACCAGCUACGCUGCAAUGGUGUCUUAGAGGGCAUAAGAAUCGCACGGACAGGUUUCCCCAACAGACUUCCUUUUGCGGAGUUCCGACAGCGGUAUGAGGUUCUUUGCCAGGAUAUGCCGAAGGGUUAUCUCGAGGGUCAAGCGGCAGCAAGUCUCAUGCUCGAAAAGCUUGGUCUCGACCGUGCUUUGUAUCGGGUGGGGUUGACGAAAGUCUUCUUUCGGGCUGGUGUUCUCGCCGAGCUUGAAGAGCAACGUGAUGCUUUGAUUACCGAGAUCAUGUCCAGAUUUCAGUCCGUCGCUCGAGGAUUUGUUCAGAGACGGGCGGCUUACAAGAGACUUUUCCGAACAGAAGCCACUCGGAUCAUUCAGAGGAACUUCAAUGUAUAUAUGGAAUUGGCAGAAAACCCCUGGUGGCAGCUGAUCGUAAAGAUGAAGCCUCUGCUUGGUACAACUCGCACAGCAACCGAAGUGAAGCGGAGAGAUGCAAUGAUCAAAGACCUCAACGAGAAGAUGCGAGUGGAGUCUGAGAACCGUUUGAAACUGGAGGAAGAACGACGCAACUGUCAUGCGGAGAUGGUUCGUAUUCAGCAAACCCUUGAAAGCGAGCGCGCACUAGCUUUGGAUAAAGAGGAAAUAUUCAAACGCCUCCAACUUCGAGAAGCAGAGCUUGAGGAGAAGCUUGCCGGUGCAAUUGAAGAUCAAGAAAGGUUAGAAGACGAGUUGGACGAUCUCCUGAAUGCCAAGAACCGUGCCGAACGGGACGUGGAAACCUUCCGUUCGCAACUUGAGCAAGCUGCUACUUUGAUCGCUAAACUUGAGGAGGAGAAGAACAGUCUGAGCACCAAGAUUACCGAGCUUGAGCAAUCAAUCACUGAGAUGACGCAGAAACAGGCGGAGCAUAGUGAGCAAGAAAUCGCGCUGCAAGACCAGAUCAAGAUGCUUCAGAGUCAGUUAGCUGUGAAGGAAAGAAAGGUCCAAGACUUGGAAACCAAGCUGGUCAAGCUUGAUCAAGACCUGGAAGUGAAGCUUCACACAGCCCAGACGGAUCUCCAAUCAACUAAGCUUCGUGAAAGGCAGCUCUCCCAGGAGAAUGAAGACAUCCAGCAGCAGCUCAACGAGCUCUCCAAAACAGCCACUGAAUAUGAGGAGCUUGUACGCCAAAAGGAGAGUGAGCUCUCUGUUUUACGAACCGACAGCAAAAAUUUCGAGAGCGAACGCCAAUCCCUGGAGGAUCAGAGGAAAUCGUUGACCGCCGAGAAAGAGAAGAAUGCCGAGAAGUACCGCGAAGCCCAGGCUGAGCUAGUUGCAAUGAAGUCGCGUCAAUCUCAACUCGAACGAGAGGCCGAAGAUGCCAAGAAGCUUCUCGAAGCACGCCUGUCUGAGGAUGCUCAAGCCGAUCAAAACCGCCAAGUCCUGGAAUCUCAAACUAAAGAUCUCAAGGACGAGCUUUAUAAGACACAAAUGGAGCUCAGCCGUGAGCGUCAAUCACGGGACGAUGUGCAACUACUUGGCGAGCACCGGUAUCAGGAGUUGAAAGACGAGUUCGAUCGCCUCAACGAAUCUAAGAUCAUCAUCGAGAAGGAGAUGUAUGCCCAACAAGACACCCUGCGAAGAACGAUGGAGGCCCGAACCACGGCUGAAAAAGAACGGGAUGAGGCAAGACAAGAAAUCCGCCGUCUUCGUGUUGCCAAGACACAGGCUGAGGAAGCAAGAAUGCAAGCCGAAGUUGCUGGCGAGCGACAAGCUUCCAAAGCAGCUCAAGACCGUGAAAAUAGCCUUCGAAAGGACCUCGACGCUGCCCAAGAACGACUUCACUGGUUUGAAGGGGAAUGUGCUAAGCUCAAUCACCAGAUUGAAGACCUCAACAAGUUGAUACUGGAAUCAGGCGAAUUUGGCUUGAAAAACGAUCAGGCCAAAGAAAGACUGGAGCGAGAAUUGACUACUGUUAAGAGUCGGCUAACCGCAUCGGAGAAUGACAACAGAGCUCUGCUGAACAAGUUGCAACAGAAAGGUCUAGAAAUUGCUCGCUCGAGUUCGCGCGCAAGCGAAGCUUCUCGAGGUCAGAUCCAGUCCCUCCAGCGCGAAAAGGCACGACUUGAGGAACAAAACACGAAACUGAACAAGCAACUGGGCGAUUCUCAACUAGCUAUUGCGUCACUUGAAAAGAGGGCCGAGAAACUCCAGCUCAACUUGGAGGAUCUGAGCCAUGAGGUUGCUCGAGAAGUCAAGUCAAGUAGAAAUGCAGAAAAGGCAACUUCCACCUUCAAUGCGCAACUUGCUGAAGCCAACCGGAACAUUGAAUCAGAACGACAACAACGAGCUCAAGCUCAGACCACCGUUCGUACUCUCCAAUCGUCUGUUGAUUCGCGAGACAAGGAGAUCAACGAGCUACGUGCUCAGAUGCUUGACGUUCUAAGGACAGUUGAUCCAGAGGUCCACAUCCCUCCCCAGUCAGAUGGUGCUGAUGAGAAAGUUCUUAUUCAGAACUUUGAUCUUGUCAGAAAGGUCGAAGAGCUUCAACAGAAUCUUCGUGUGCAGACAGCAGCUAGAACGAAUGCAGAAAACCAACUUACUGAGAUGAGGGCUUCUCGGAAUGAAUCUCCAACUAGACCCAAGCUUGAAGAGAUUCAGCUCAACGAGGCACCCUUCCAAGCGUCACCUACUCAAAGACGAGCGACUAAAUUGCACGCUCGAAACCACUCCAGUACUUCAACCCCGACGCGUCGUUUCCAGGAACUGGACCACCUUCAAGACUCAACACGUUCUGAUCGGACAAUUGACACACUAAACUUCAACAAUCGCAUGGAUCUUAAGGCCGAGGUUGAGGAACUCCAGAAUCAGCUUCAACUCAAGGAAAUGCAGAACCGCCAUCUCCAAAGCCAAAUUGAUCGCAGCACGCCUGUGCCAGAGAGUCACGACGAAAGCCCCUCUCUACGCCGCAUCCAAAAGCUUGAAAUGGUCAACACCCGUCUUCACGAAAUGCUUGAUGACUCUAACAAAAAGGUGUCUGCUCUGGAGCGCACAAUUCGAUCUGGUCAACUGUCUCUACGGGAUGUCCAGACCCGAACGCAUGAGGAGAUUCUGGAAGUACUUAAUAGCCAGGAGGAUUCUCGGCGAGCUUUGGUUCAUAGUCACAAAGAUGCUGUGGCGGAGUUGACUGAUAUCAAGGGGCACUUCGAGAGACUGCGUCAUGAUCGCGCUAAAGCAGAAGUUGAGCUACGCGAUGUCAAGUCUGAUCUAGAAGAGAUGACUCUAGCAAGAGAGCAAGAAGCGCAGAGCCGAAAUCAGCUUCUUCAGGAAUACGCAGACCUUCAAAUCCGACUCGACGCUGAAACCUCGAGGUUUGCCGAUGUCGCUUCCAGUCUCGAAAUGUAUAAGAGCCGAGCAGACGAAUACUUCAGCAAACUCGAACAGGCAGAGAUCGCCGUCCUCAAGGCUAGUCGCGCCGAGCAAUUUGCCAGGUCUCAAGCGAAAGAGGCCGAGGACACAUACGUGGAGAUUAUGGCCGAGCGUGAGAAAAUGGAUACCACCAUCGAGGAUCUUCAACGUCAGAACCAGCAUCUCGAGGAGAAAGUCGAAGAUGUAUCAACUGACUUGGCAGCUGCUACUCAAGCUAAAAAGAGACUUCAGCAUGAGCUUGAAGACUACCGAAACCAACGAGCUAUGGAGAUUGAAGACAAGGAGUCAAGUAUGGAGCAGACUCGCAAAAAGUAUCAGGCUGAGUUCGCCACUCUGACCAACGAGCUUGAUCUUGCUCGUGAGGAGAAGCUUUUCAAGCAAGCCGAGAUUGCCCGACUCCGCGAGGAGCUCGACGAGCUGAGAUCCAAAUGGGAUGAUGAAGUUCUCAACAGCUCAACCUGGUCUAAGGAAAAGGCUCGUUUGGAGUCCACUUUGGCAGAUGUCGCUUCUUCCCGCGACGAGGCGGUAAAUGCACACAAUGAAGCACAAGGCAAGGUUGUGACCCUCUUGUCACAAGUCCGUACUCUACGCUCUUCAGUGGAUGAGAUCACCGCAGAACGCGACCAUCUUAUUCGAGAAAAACGCAACGUUGAGACGCGUCUCGAGGAGGCCAAAUCUGGCUUGGAGGAUCUCGUCAAGGGAGAGAGUCCAUCCUUGCGCAACGCCGCCAAUAUGGACAAGGAGAUUCUAGAUCUCAAGUCAAACCUUGCCCAGCAAGAAGACAUUGCGGCUGCUGCCGUAGAGAAGAUGCGCCGUACCGAAGCUCUUGUGGCAGAGGUUCAAAAAGACGUCAUGGUUGAGCGAGAGAAUAGCAUCAAGUUACAACAACAAAAGGCAUCGCUUGAGAAGAUUCUCAACGAAGCCCAGCUCAAGCUGGUUGAUCUUGAGACCAAGGGCUAUUCGAGUGCCAGCCAAGAUGUCAAGUUCCUACACAAACGUAUCCAAGAGCUUGAAUCCCAACUCGAAGACCAGGAGACUGAGCGUAGUAAGUCCCAGCGCUCCGUUCGAAAUGUGGAUCGAAUUGUGAAAGAUAUGCAAGGUCAAAUCGAUCGCAAAGAUAAACAAAACAUGCAGCUCUCCGAUGAUGUCUCAAGGAUGCGCGACAAGGUCGAGAAGCUUCUGAAGACUAUCGAAGAGUUGCAAUCAUCCGAAUCCAACAACCAGUUGUCGGCUCGGCGUGCUGAGCGUGAACUCCGGGAGGAGAAGGAGAGGGCUGUCCGAUUGGAACGUGAACUGGCAGGUCUGAAAACCCUCCGCAACGACAAAGGGUCAGGCAGCGUUAUGGGUAGUGUUCGUAGUCGCAUGGGCCCCUGGCGGGUCAGCGAGGGAGACGAUGCGUCCAUGAUCGACGUUCCAGGAAGGAAGAGCAGCCUUAGUAGGGUCCCCAGUUUUACAAAGGGGUUUCUUUAA